UCCUAAUUCCAAUUUUAUUUCAUCUAAAAUCUCAAACUUUUUUUUUAAUCGUUUGCUCUCAAGAUUCAUUCAAGAAUCAAGAAAUAUGGAUGCUCAUGAUCAUCGUCAAGCUGCAGCACAGGAGAAUCGAUUUCGACUAAUGAAUCCAGCACUGUUCAUUGUCUUGCUCACUGUCGUGCCAUUUCUCUCAUCCCCGGUCGGUCUCAACCCAACAAAUCCACCUCCGGGGAUGACUCCGGCGACGUUUCAAGCCAUAAAGAUAGCAUCUCAGUGUUUUUAUCCGUUGAGCUAUCUAGGCCUCGUCUCUGCUCUCGCGGCGAUAAUAGUUCUGGCCGUCGACGGACCUCCGGUUCGAGCCGUGCGAGUCGCCGGCAAACUUAUAAAGAUCGCUCUCCUGUUUGAGAUGCUUUCGUUUGGGUGCUUGAGUUUCAUUAGGCUGAGUCCUAACACGUUGCUCUCUGGUCUCUGUCUUCUUCAAGUAUUCGUAACGUUGGUCGUUCUCUGCUUCUGCAUUCACUUCUUCAAUGAUCAUAACUGAGACUUAGAGUUAAAUGUCUGGUUCAAGUUCAAUUUCCGGUUCUUCUCUGGUUAUCUUUCGGUAUACCUUUCCUUAUGUUUGCUAUUUCUAGUUCAAGUUUAAUUACUCUAGCUUUUUAAGCUUUAUGUAAGACUCUUUUUAUGGUAAUGAAUCUUAAGAAAAUCAAGAUUUAAGU